GAGCACAAAAGAAGCAGGAAUCGGUCGAUUUCAAGCAAGCUCCUAACCCUCUCCUCGUGAUCUUUAAUUCUCAUGAAAAACUCUGUGAUUUCUCGUAUUUUAUCACCUCCCUUACUCUAAUUCGGCGCCUAGCCUUAUUUAUUGAAUUAUUGUUCAUUUGUUUUAAUUUAAAUUAAAUCCUAGACUUCUAGAGUUUUAUUUGUUGAGUGCCUACGAGGGUUUGUACCGCCCCUAUUUCUUUCGGAAUGAUGCUGAACCCAACUUGGGGACUAGGUUCCUAGACGUGCGGGUUUAUUUACGGUUUUCUUGAAUUUAUUUAUAGUUCGGUUAGAGCUAUCGAGCAGUGGGGCAGGGGUCAGUUGUUUGGUGACGUUGGGGUCGACUAUUGUACGACCCUGAAGUGGACCGUCGAGUGGACACUCCUAAUCACUGGCCGUUGACCGGUGCCGGGCACUGCUGACUAGCUCUGCCGGUAGUAGCAGCGUGGGCCAUGGCAAGGGAGUCAUCUUUUAGCGGCAGAGUCGAUAUGGUGUACAGGCAGUCCCGGUCAACUCUGAUGGUUGAGUAGGAUUUACUCUAUUAUUUUUACUGUGCCAGGUCUUUUCUCGUGUCUUGUGUAUGUCGGCACAGGAGUCUGUGUUCAUUUAUUUAUCAUGUGAUCGCUGUGUUAGCGGGGUACCCGUAGUGCAUGCAUGUGUUUAGCUUCGCUUCUGCUGUUCUUAUUUUUGUGUAUGCAUGCCAGGUAGUUUUUGUCUCGUGUUUCAUUCUUUCUCCUUCCGUAAGUGCUCCCGUUCGGGUAGUCCGGGUGGUUGGGGAUAUCCGGGCGGGGGUGCUUACAAGUUUUCUGCUUUACAGAGAAAUAAUACAUGGGAGUUGGUUCCAUUUUCUAAAGACAUAAAUCUAAUCGGCUGUAAAUGGGUGUUUAGAAUCAAGUACAACUCCGAUGGGACUGUUCUAAAGCACAAGGCUCGCCUAGUUGCAAAAGUGCAGUAGCGCAGCUGCUGGUGGGGCAAUCAAGAAAGCUAGGGUUCAUCCUUCUUCAGCAGCCUACUUUCAAGGUGAAGAAGGAGAAAUUAGGAGAUAGGAGUAACAGUCCUUGACCAGCUAAUCUCCCCAUUUGGGAAGAAAGUCUAGGGUCAAGGAAUUAAGAAAGAGUUGGAGGAAAAAGGAGGAGGAAGAUGUUUGGGAGAGUGCCGAAGAAGAGCGAUAACUCAAGGUACUAUGAAAUAUUGGGGGUGCCAAAGAAUGCUUCGUCAGAUGAUUUGAAGAAGGCUUACAAAAAAUCUGCCAUCAAGAAGCAUCCUGACAAGGGUGGAGAUCCCGAGAAGUUUAAGGAGCUUGCUCAAGCUUAUGAGGUGUUGAGUGAUCCUGAGAAGCGUGAGAUCUAUGACCAAUAUGGUGAGGAUGCACUUAAGGAAGGAAUGGGAGGUGGAGGUGGAAUGCCUAGCCCAUUUAACAUUUUCUCAUCCUUAUUUGGUGGUAGCCCAUGUGGAGGUGCUGGUAGUAGCAGAGGAAGAAGGGAAAAGAGGGGAGAAGAUCUAGUCUAUCCUUUGAAGGUCUCUCUAGAGGACCUGUAUAAUGGCACAACAAGGAAGCUUUCCCUAUCCCGGCAUAUCAUCUGCUCAAAAUGUUAUGGCAAAGGAUCGAAAUCUGGAGCUUUAAUGAAAUGCUCUGGUUGUCAAGGAACUGGCAUGAAAGUGGUUAUUAGGCAACUAGGCUCAUCCAUUAUCCAAAAGAUGCACCAUCCUUGCAAUGAAUGUAGAGGAACUGGAGAGACCAUUAAUGACAAAGAUUGUUGCCCUCAAUGCAAGGGUGAGAAAGUAGUUCCAGAAAAGAAGGUUCUAGAAGUCAUUGUGGAGAAGGGCAUGCAGAAUGGACAGAAAAUCACAUUCCCUGGAAAGGCUGAUGAAGCACCCGAUACAAUCACAGGCAACAUCAUAGUUGUCCUUGAGCAGAAAGAACAUCCAAAAUUUGAGAGAAAGAGCGAUGACCUUUUCUACGAGCACACUCUGUCCCUGACUGAGGCUUUAUGUGGCUUCCAGUUCAUACUGACUCACUUGGAUGACAGGCAACUCCUUAUCAAAUCAAACAAAGAAGAAGUUGCCAAGCCUGACUCAUUCAAGGCAAUCAACGAUGAGGGUAUGCCAAUGUAUCAGAGGCCCUCUAUGAAAGGAAAACUGUACAUUCACUUCACAGUGGAGUUCCCAGACUCUUUAAGCCUGGAACAGGUGAAGGCAUUGGAAGUUGUGCUGCCGCCAAGGCCAUCCAGAGAAAACAUGAAGUUAGAUGAAUGCGAGGAGACCACAUUGCAUGACGUGAAUAUUGAAGAGGAGAUGCGGAGAAAGCAGGCGCAAAGGAAGGAAGCCUAUGAAGAGGACGAGGACAUGCAUGGUGGACCUCAGAGAGUGCAAUGUGCUCAACAGUGAUUAAUAUUUGAUAUUUUUAUGUUUCUCAAGAAUGCUGUAUGAACGAUAGACUAGUUUAUAUGAUAUGAAAGAGAACAAGCCUUUUAGCUAUAUGUUGUCAAAGUUAACAUGUCUAUAAUUAAUAGCUUGUCUCUCUAUUUUUGGUGUUUCUUUUUGGCCAGUUUGAUCUGCAAGUUGAUCUC